GCUGAGUUUUUCUGCGCUGCCAUAAAACAAGCAAGUUAUUUUCUUCUGUGGCGAACAGUAGAGGAGAGCUGUGUGUGCAAGUUGUCGCUUUUUUUUGUUGUUUUAGCUUUUGUCAUUACUGCUAUUUUCAUCUCAAAUAGACUGUGCUGAGAUUGCAAAAGCAAAAGCUAAAGGCGUAACAGGAUGAUCAAUGGGAUGUAAAAACAAAGAAAGAUUUGGACUCAUAUUUUUCUACCUUAACGCAUUACUGUGGUAAACAAUGAGAUGCAAGUGCAUUUGAGCCAGCAAUGGAACUAUACUGGUAUAUAAUAGUGAUAAUCUCUCUUAUCAUCAAAAUCUUCUUCUACAUUUGCUGGUACCGAUCCCGACAGAGGCAAAUGGAUGCUUACCUUAGUAACCCACGCAAUGCACAGAUUGUGAUUGUUGGAGGAAGAGCUUAUCUUCACCAGCUAUGUGAACGCCAAAGUGCAAAUUGGCCAAGUUGGUAUGGUAUUCAAGAUGACAGUUCUAUUGGAGAGGCUGCUGGAUCACUGCCCCCUGCACCCUCUUACAGUCAUUUAGACGUACCCCCUCCAUAUGAAGUCGUGACAGGAGAUGACCUGAAGCCGCCACCAUAUAGUGAGUAUGCACUUGGAGAAGCUGCCACAGAUCUACAAGAGACCUGUGACAAUUGCAGCAUCAGUGAUGCACCUCCACCAUACACACCGUUUCCAUUGACUGACAUCCAUUUGCACACUGAAGCGACUUGUAAUUCUGAAGCACUAGAAAACAACUCUGUGCCAACCACUUCAGCCCAAGACUAAUAGCCAACUCCAACUUUUUCCUUUUGGCUUUUAUUUUUUGAGGUUUUGAAAAUGUAAGACUUUUUUUAAGAAUAACUUUUGCACUGCUGCAGUUGGGAAAAUGCCUCAUGUUAAUCCUUCAAACUGCCUGCCAAUAAUAUAGCUUCAUUAAACUUUUUUUUAUUUUAAGCAUCUUCCUAUUUAGGAUGGCUCAUACCUUAGAAAAUGCAGACAUGAGGACUGAAGCUCUUAUUUGAACAGCGUGUGACUGCAUACUUGUGCAAUCGACAUACUGCAAGGCAAGAAAUCUGUUAACAGAAAAGUCAUUUGCUUUAGCAGCUUGCAGAGGCGGGAACUGCUAUUUCUAUUUUUUUCACUUGGAACUUGGUAGUGCGUGACUAGCGAGAAAUAAAGUGUCAGAAAAGCUUUUUUUGCCCCAGAACUUUUUUUUCCCAAUUAUAUGUCAAAACUUUUUAUCUUGCAAUACAAUAUUUUUUUUCUUUUGAAAUAGCAUGGAAUAAUUUCAAAUUUCUAAAUCUACAGCAGAAAAAGCCUUUUCUUUUGAGAAAACCUAGUGCCUAUAACAUACUGCACAUGUGUUUGUGAGAUGCUUUGUUGUGUAAUUGUGCUUACUGGGUGUUCAUGUUACAAUAAAAGGAGAGUUGCAAAAAGAGUGCAGUCCGGCUGAAGAGACCAUCGUGACGUUCCAAGUCCCAUAAAGGUACUGGGAUGGAAUUACAGUGUGGCUGAUAUCCAAACCAGCAUACAGUUCACUAUUUAGGGGAUUAAAUUGGAGUAGAAGAUGUCUGGGUUCAGUUUUUAUUUCCCAGGAGCCUGUGAUGUGCCAAUAUCCAAUGUGAAUGAUUAGAGCAUUUACUAGAUUGAAUAUUCUAGAAUAUGUUACCUUUGGAAAAUGGGUAAAAGUAAGAAUAAUGCUAGUGGUUUUGCUACAUUAGUUUGCUGCCAUUUGCUUUUCAAAGUGCCUGCUCAUUGUCUGUAUGGAAUGUGCGUGUUCUUCCAAUUGGGCUUUCUCUGGGUACUCCUUUUUUUUCUUUUUCUUCCACAACCUAAAGGUGAGUUUGCCAGAUUAGUGGACCUUUUAAAUUUCCUCAUUUUAAAGCCUGUCAUUAAGCAACUUCUAGGCAGAGGAAAUGUCAAACCUGAUGACCACAGUCGCUGAUCUCUUUGCCUGAGUAUACCAAUUCACACAACUACAAAUCCCUAGGAAUGUCAAAUUAUGGGACCGUGUGACAGCUUUCCAACACAGUUUCACAUUUUCAUAGCAUCUCAAGCUUACCCUUUUUCUGACAGCUGAUAACCUGCUGCCUGACGGAGCACGUACCUGCGUCAGGGGUUUACAGGUAUGGGGAAUUCUGCAGCAAUCUCAUCCUCUUUCCUUUUUCCAUUCUUUCAUAGUAUGUAACACAUGAGUCAUCAGACAGACAAGCUUCUCUUGUUUGCAAGGUCCUAAACACCCACAUCCCUACUCAUUAGUGCAUUAUACGCAUUGCACAUCUGUGCAAGUGCUCAUUGGUUGUCCGUUUUCACUCAAAGAGCCCACCCCUACAACUUAAAACAAAACCAAAUCAUUUCGACUGAGUCACUGGGUUUGUCGCACAACAGGACUGUGGUCAUAUGCACAUGCCACAACUGCCCUAGACUUAGUAAAAUUAUGUAAAUAAUAUUUACGAGUGAAAAUCACCAGAAAACUCAGUGUAACUUGACAUGGCCGUAAGUGAGCGUGAGUUAGUCCAGUGAUUAACAGAUUUCUCAUUUGGUGAUGUUUCCUGCCUUGUGUGUGAUGUCACUGGGAGAGAGUCAAGCCCCACCUAACCAGUAUAGUUAGGAUAAACAGGUUUAAAAGUCAUUAGAUAGAAGAAUAAUGCCUGUCUCCAGUCUUUGUUUAUUAUGAGACAAGUAGAUUCUGUGACAAUCGAUAAUGUCCUCACUUCUGAAGAGGACUACUUUAGUUUUGUAUAAUUGGAAACAUUUAGUAGACAAAACUGUGUAAAUUCUGCCACUCUUUCAAAAGAGGUUGAAGGGAGAAUAGUGCUCAUAUCUGAGCUAGUUCACUUCGCUUAUUUUUUAAAAGGGCUGGCUCACUCUUUCUGUGGAGUUUUCAUGGUCUCCCCUUUCUAAAUGAACUUCUUUUCUUUUUUCAUAUCCUAAAGACAAACAUUUUUUAUUGGACGAUAUAAGUUGUCUCCUUGUAUAUAAAUGUGAGUGUGUCCUGCAUCCUCAUCCGUGGUUAGUUUGUAUUUUGUCCCAUUACCAUUGUGACCCCGUUGUUGAACUUGGUGAUUUUGAAAUUGAACACAUGAAUGAAGGUAUGGCCUGUAUUCAGUCUUCAUUUUUGAAAUGAUAAGCAUCUUCCGUGAAAAUCAAAUAGCCAGAAUUGUCAUUUUUGAAUUAAUACUUGGGGUGUAUUACAAUUAAAACAAUUACUGGAUAAAAAGUAGUGUUUGCUUCCUUUUAAAAUGGAUAAAAAGUACGAUACUGCUAGCAUCUGAGCUACUUCAUUGCCAGUUGAUUUCUCUGCUUUUUUGAGUGCCUGAUCACCGUAUGUGUGGGGUCUGAAUGUUCUCUUUGUGUCCAUAUGGUUUCUCUCCUGGUGACUCUGCUUUUCUUGUCAUAUUGCAAAACUGUACCUGUUGGGAAAUAAGAAAUUCUCCUAGUGUGAGUGUGCAAGGGGAUGAGUGAAUGCGUCUUUUCCAGGGUUGAUUCCUGCCUUAUUCCUGAUGUCAUCGAUAUCAGUCUCAACUCUAUAAUGAAAACCGUGAGAUUUGUGAAUUAUUGAAUAGCUGUAAGACAACUGUUGUAAAAUGUAUACCAAAUAAAAUGUGAUGUUUUUUGACUUUCCAAAUAAAGUUACUAUUUUUUAUUUUCCA